CGAUCUCUUCUCUCUCACGCCCCUUUUUGGUCUUCUGCCGUUCGCUCGCACACUGAAAGAACUACAUAUCAGUAACAGACGGUGCCACCAAUGACAUUUUUUCAUGUAUCGUUGACUUUGAAAGAGUAUCCACAAAGUUUUGUCAGCUAUGAAAACCUAUUAUCAUCGUAUGUAAAAAGGUUGAAAUGCUUGCUUUGAUGUUCAAUGGUCAAACAUCAUCAAGUUGCUGCUGUUCUCAUCUGUAUCCCAGCAAUGAGUUUAUCAUGUCUUGUUUGUCAUAGCAUGGAUAGCCGAUCACGAUCUUUUAGGAGUUACUCUGUUUCAAGUUCAGAAGACGAGGGGCGAUGUUCUGCAGUUGUUACCUGCUUGACUCGGAAGGUCGCCGUUGCUACCGCUGGUACAGCUAAUGCCAUUUCGACGGCCAAAGUGACACCAUUCCCCAUGAUGGCAAGUGGUCAAGGUAUGACAGGAACUCCGCGCCUUUUGCGAAGCCGAGCUGUGAGUAGGGACUUGGUUAGAGACUGGAAUUUUGAUCAAGUUCAUGUGGAGGGCUAGCGGUGUAAGAAGAGCUUAAGAGUUACCUCUAAAAGGAGAUAUUGUUAGUUUUGUAACUACUUUAAGUGGUUUUCUCAACUAGAUUUCUUGUACUUACGGUUAGCUGUUGUGAAUCCAUGAUACAUAUUGGACAUUUUGGAACAUUGCCGUCUUAAAUAUUUUGAACAUGUCACCGGUUUUCUUUGUUUCUA